GUGCGUGCGCGCCCGCGGAGAGAGGGGCGGGGGAGGCGGAUGAGGAGGAUGAGAUCAUAGUUUCAGGAUCCUCAGGAAACCCUGGUACUGGCAGCAGCCAGCCUCUGCUGUGCCCACAUGACCCACAACUCUGGCAGCGGACCCGGCACUUCCAACAUUAUUAAAUAAUAAGAAAGCGGCUCCUACUCCAGGCUCAAACCUCCCUGCAGACCAAUGGACGCCUUCUAAGAGUUUGGCGAGUCGGUGACUGAAGCGCCCGUCCAUUCCAAGAUAAAUAGGAUUUACCAAUCCUUGGAUGAAGUGCUUGGGAAGUCUUUAAGUGCCAUAAUCAACUGCCAUUUCAAAGAAUAUAGAUGGUUUUGAAAAGUUCAUGCUGUCCCUUCAUUGAAUUUUAGAAUGAUUGAAGAUAGUGGGAAAAGAGGAAAUACCAUGGCAGAAAGAAGACAGCUGUUUGCAGAAAUGAGGGCUCAAGAUCUGGAUCGCAUCCGACUCUCCACCUACAGAACAGCAUGCAAGCUUAGGUUUGUUCAGAAGAAAUGCAAUUUGCACCUGGUGGACAUAUGGAAUGUCAUAGAAGCAUUGCGGGAAAAUGCUCUGAACAACCUGGACCCAAACAUUGAACUCAAUGUGUCCCGCUUAGAGGCUGUGCUCUCCACCAUUUUUUACCAGCUCAACAAACGGAUGCCAACUACUCACCAAAUCCAUGUGGAGCAGUCCAUCAGCCUCCUCCUUAACUUCCUGCUUGCAGCGUUUGAUCCGGAAGGCCAUGGUAAAAUUUCAGUAUUUGCUGUCAAAAUGGCUUUAGCCACAUUGUGUGGAGGGAAGAUCAUGGACAAAUUAAGAUAUAUUUUCUCAAUGAUUUCUGACUCCAGUGGGGUGAUGGUUUAUGGACGAUAUGAUCAAUUCCUUCGGGAAGUUCUCAAACUACCCACAGCAGUUUUUGAAGGUCCUUCAUUUGGUUACACAGAACAGUCAGCCAGAUCCUGUUUCUCCCAACAGAAAAAAGUCACGUUAAAUGGUUUCUUGGACACGCUUAUGUCGGAUCCUCCCCCGCAGUGUCUGGUCUGGUUGCCUCUUCUGCAUCGACUGGCGAAUGUGGAAAAUGUCUUCCAUCCGGUGGAGUGUUCCUACUGCCACAGUGAGAGUAUGAUGGGAUUUCGCUACCGAUGCCAACAGUGUCACAAUUACCAGCUCUGUCAGGACUGCUUCUGGAGGGGACAUGCCGGUGGUUCUCAUAGCAACCAGCACCAAAUGAAAGAGUACACGUCAUGGAAAUCACCUGCUAAGAAGCUGACUAAUGCAUUAAGCAAGUCCCUGAGCUGUGCUUCCAGCCGUGAACCUUUGCACCCCAUGUUCCCAGAUCAGCCUGAGAAACCACUCAACUUGGCUCACAUCGUGCCUCCCAGACCUGUAACCAGCAUGAAUGACACCCUGUUCUCCCACUCUGUUCCCUCCUCAGGAAGUCCUUUUAUUACCAGGAGCUCUCCUCCCAAGGACAGUGAAGUAGAGCAGAACAAACUGCUGGCUAGGGCUGCUCCAGCUUUUCUGAAGGGCAAAGGGAUACAGUACAGCCUGAAUGUGGCAGACAGGCUAGCUGAUGAACAUGUUCUCAUCGGGUUGUAUGUCAACAUGCUCCGGAACAACCCCUCAUGCAUGCUUGAGAGUUCAAACCGGCUUGAUGAAGAACACAGGCUAAUCGCCAGGUAUGCGGCAAGGCUGGCAGCAGAGUCCUCUUCAUCUCAGCCAACUCAGCAGAGAAGUGCUCCUGACAUCUCUUUCACCAUCGAUGCGAAUAAGCAGCAAAGGCAGCUGAUUGCUGAGCUAGAAAACAAGAACAGAGAAAUCUUACAGGAGAUCCAGAGACUUCGGCUAGAGCAUGAACAAGCUUCUCAGCCCACGCCAGAGAAGGCACAGCAAAACCCCACCCUGCUGGCAGAACUCCGGCUCCUCAGACAGCGCAAAGAUGAGCUGGAACAGAGAAUGUCUGCUCUCCAGGAGAGCCGGAGAGAGCUAAUGGUCCAGUUGGAGGGUCUCAUGAAGCUGCUAAAGGAAGAAGAACUGAAGCAGGGAACUCAGGGGGCUGGCUCUCCCCGCUCCUCCCCCAGCCACACCAUCAGCAGGCCAAUUCCCAUGCCCGUCCGGUCAGCAUCAGCCUGCUCCACCCCGACGCACACGCCGCAGGACUCCCUCACAGGGGUAGGGGGAGAUGUACAGGAGGCAUUUGCACAAAGUUCGAGAAGAAAUUUAAGGAAUGACUUGCUAGUGGCUGCGGAUUCCAUCACUAACACUAUGUCCUCUCUUGUGAAAGAGCUGAAUUCUGAGGUUGGGAGUGAAACAGAGAGUAAUGUGGAUUCUGAAUUUGCACGGACUCAGUUUGAGGAUCUUGUUCCCUCACCAACCUCUGAAAAGGCUUUUCUAGCGCAAAUCCAUGCCAGAAAACCUGGGUAUAUUCACAGUGGAGCUACCACAAGUACCAUGCGUGGCGACAUGGUUACGGAGGAUGCAGAUCCCUAUGUGCGGCCUGAGGAUGAAAACUAUGAAAAUGACUCUGUCCGGCAGCUGGAGAAUGAGCUCAAGAUGGAGGAAUACCUGAAACAGAAACUGCAGGAUGAAGCCUAUCAGGCAAGCUAUAGUCAGACAGAUGAUGAAAGUAACAUGAAAACUGGUGAUGAUGGAGAGCCCUGUGGCCACACAGAGGAGGAAGACAGCAGCCUGGCAGCAGCCUCACCGAAGAGAGGAGCCACCACACCCAGCAGCUCCCGACAAACCCCCCACCCCUAAAGAUGUGUUCUGAUGACUAUAGUGCAGCUAACUUUUUGUUCUAAGAUUUUUAGUGUAUAGGUAUGUGUUUCGAGAAGGAAAAAAAAGACUUUUGUUCAAAGUUAACUUAUCAGCUACAUCCUCUGUAACAUGGUUCAUCUCUGGUUAAAAAGCAAACAAACACAGGCUGAAAACCCAUGCUGCUAUUAUACACAAUGGCAGUAUUAACAAGUAUUUUAAACCUUUGCACAUGAUAUUGAACCUGUUCAGUUUACAAUGACAAUAUUAAUACUGUUUAUAGCUAGACGUUUGAUUUCUGAAUUGUUUGGAUUUUAGCAAAACAGUUUAUUAUACACUGUACAUUUUUUUCACAGCAAUUGGAAUAAAACAACCACUUGCAAUCAUUCACUAACCCUGAAGAAUUUGGUUCCUGAGUGUACAAACUCAGAGCUUGGAAGCCAAGAAGGGUCCUUGGCCUGCACGGUCUGUAGUUGACUCCAAGUCUCUGUGAGCAGUGACUUGAACCAAACACACCAGGAAGAAUCUAUUCUUUGGGGCCUCUUUCCAACUUGGGGUUGUUUUCUUUCAAGAUACUCUAACAAAUCAGCCAUAGAAUUUAGUGUAAAUAUUUUUUUCCAAAUAGAUACCAUAUUCAAAAAAGGCAACAUUCAAAUUAUAUAGAAUCUAGUUUUUAAAAAUCAGCACAGAUCUUCUUAAAAACUGUGAACUAUGUUUUGAAAUACUCGUUACUAAAGCUGUUUAUAAACCACAGGUGCCAUAAGAUCCCCAAACGGACUAAAGUUAUCUCUGCUCUUCCAUGGUCUUGUUCCUCUCAUUUUGGCUUUAGGAAGCAUGUCUUUAACAGCACUGCUCGUUCACAAGUUCCCCUAUCAAGUUGUUUGGAGGCCUUCAGCUUUAAAUGUACAGGCUUAAAGUGCGCUUGCAAACGUUCACUCUCCUUUUAUUUCUGAAUGUUGAUUGCCUUAGCUGGCCACCUGGUGUUCUGCAUGUAGCCUUCUGUGGUCAUGUGAAAGGAGACAGGCUCUUCUAGGUUGAGUUGGGAUUUUGCACUCAGUGAAAAGCUGAAGUGCAACAGAACUAUCAAAGACAAGAGGAUAAAAGACUGGGAUAGUCUUUUCUAAGGACCCUCUUUAGAGGGCCCUAACGACCUCCUUUGGGAAUUCUGGGGAAAAUGAAAAAGUAAUCUUCUAAUUGCUUCAAGAUUUGAUUUUUUUUAAAAAGCCUGCGACAUAUUCAACACAUUAGGCUUAAAUUAGCAGUUUCUCUGGAAUUCCUGUCUCUCCUUUAAAAGAAAGGAGAGAACAUGUUAGAAUAAUUCUCAAAGUGUGUCCCCCGGACCAGCAGCAUCUGCAACACUUAGGAAAGUCUCCAAAAUACUAAUUCUAAAGUCCCACCUCAGGCCUACUGAAUCAGAAGCUCUCGGGGUGGGUCCAGAAAUCUGUUUUAAUCAACCCUCUAGGUGAUUCUGAUGCUCGCUAAAGGUGGAGAACUACUGCUUUAGAAUGAAGUUCGUAUAAUAAAGUCUCUGAAAAGGCCUUAUUCAGAAUAAGCAAGAAAGUUUCUGUGAUUCACUUUUGCUUCUGGGACUGGCAAAAACCUUCUCCAAACCCAAACAAAAAGUUCGUAGUUGGUGGAUGCCCAGCCGAGUCCUGACAUCUUCAUGCCCCCUCUGCAGAGGGCGGCUGUACGAUGUUCACAUGUCUGCGUUUGGUCAGACAUCGUCUCCUUGGCUGCCCUUUGAAACCAAAUCACUUGCCUUGGGGAUAAAGCGCUCGACUGGCAUUAGUGAGAGGCCCAUCCUGUCCCUUGACGUACUUAAUCAUACAUCUCUCCAGAGAACCCGCCUGAAAAAUGUCCCUGAGCACAGGCUGACACCAAAGUGGCACAACUGCACAGUUCUCAGAUUUCUUUGCACAGAUUGAUUUUUAUUGCGGGUUUUGUUGGGGUGUCUUAAUGUUCAUCUCUUUUCCACUGCCCAUCCUCUGUGAACCCAUACCUCUCUCGAUGGAGCAGGUGGCCACUGGUGCCUCAUACUCAGUACUGAAAACCACUACAUCCCAGCUACCUAUAAUGCUGUCAGCUCGAAAUCAUAGCCAGGUAGUUCUUGAACUCAGAACUUAAAUCCUGCACGUGGCACUCCACCACUGACUGGACCGAGCUGCCAUAUGUUGUUUCUUUGUGUUUCUACAUCAAAAUGUUCGUCUAAGAUUUGAACUGUUCUGCUGAUAACCUUCCCCGUUGUCAUAGCUAUUUCAUUGCCAACCAACUCCAUCACAUGGUUGUUGAUACCAUCAUAUAAAGCCAUUGCAAGGACUCUGGAAACUGCCGCCAAUGACCAAUUUCUGACUAACCAGCCACCUUUUCUUUCUCUUAGCUCCACGUCAGCACUGAGACCAGACUCAAGCACCCCUGUCCUGUAACCGAGACAAAAUGGCGUGUGUUAUUUUGGGGUUUUGUGUUUUUUGGUGGGUUUCUUUCCUUGGCUCUCCAGAUUUACUUUUGGGGCCUGUUCUAAGUGCAAACCCAGCAGGUUUCACGUGUCGUGUCCAUUAGAUACAACUACAUCUUGUGGGGGUUCUUUCUUGUUCCACAAUGAAUUGCACAUCCAUCUCCAUCAGAGCUGGUAGCCUAUUAAUAAGCACUGGUCUAACACAGCCAACCCUCCCCCACAGCGCCAGGUUAAGGGAGGAGGGGAGGAAGGUGAAAUCUACUGCAUGGGAUUCAGGAAACAGUUGUGGUUGGUCAGGACGGAAGUCGGGGUAAGUUUGGUUGGUCAGAGGGAGUUGUGCUGGAGAUUGUGAAAAAUGGAUUUUCGAAUGAUCUACUAUAAGGCAGGGAAGGUUCAUUUGUAAGUAGUAAUGUGAACUGAAUUGCAUUAAGAGUGUGUGGCCUUUGUUGUGAUAUACUAUGUAUUUUCUUAUAUGCAUGAGCCAAACUGUUGCAUCAUAAUUUAGCAAUGAUGUCUGCUUUUAUUUUGAUCAUCUUUGUCCACCCUUUUUAGUUCUUGGCUGUUAACUAUAGAUAGAUCUUGUAAAUCCAGCAACCUUUGGUUGCUGCAUUCACCUUGGUUCGAUUCCACACCAGGAGCCACAAGUGAGAACUCCACUGUCCUUAGAAGAAAGGGCAUUUUUACUUUUGAACCAAAAAGAGAAAAAAAAAAUCAGAAGUGUUACAUCUUGAGGCGAAUUAACUGUAAGACAUUUUUAAUUAUGACUACUGCAAUUUGACACCAUUUGAAAUAAUUCAGAGACACUAAAGAUUUCGCAAUAUUCAUUGGUAUUGUAAAAAAAAUACUACUAUUGUAUGGAUUUUUGUAUUGCUGUUAAGUAUUGUUUUGUGUGUAUGUGUGUGUGUGUUGGAACCUCCUGGGGACAUGUUAUAUUUUGAAGUGAUUAAACUAUUUAAUUGUGUGUCUAUAUUUUGGAGUGGAAUUAUUUCUUCAUUAAAAAAUGUUUUUAAAAACACUA